UUGUCAAUUAAUCGUCAUGGAGAUUGGCCUGUGGAGGUUGGUUAUGAUUUUACUAUUGAAAACAAGAAACGCCGAUUCAUCCCUUUACUCACGUCGUUCCCUUUUCUUUCACCGUAGAGAUAGACGAUUUGUAAAUCGAAGUGCAGGUUGAAUGAAAUCGAAGGGAACAUUUGUUGUUCAGUGAGCGGCGAUACAUGCGAAUGUAACGCGCGUUUGAUUGUAAUCAGUGUACGAUGUUGGAAGGUGGACGUGCAGUGAUUUGGCUCCUUGUAUCAGCCCCACGAGCUGCACGCCACCCGAAAGAUUCACGUACUAACCCAGUUGCACCUAUUUGAACCCACCAGUUGCAGAGUCCUGCACCGUAACCCCAUGACGCAUUUAACACAUGGCCCGCCUGGAGAUACCAAGUAUAGUGGUGCAUAAAGGCAGCAGCAGGUCGCACAGCCGACCUGAGAGUCCCACGGUGGUGGUGCGAGGAGGAAUGCCCUCACUGCCAUCCUCUAGGCAAGGCUUUGUCAUAAGUGGCUCCAAUACAUCAUAUCAGAACAGCCCGGAGUCGGAUAUGAUAGACGGGAAUGCCAAUCCGAAUGUCGGCUCUUCUCCCACAUCAAAUUCUCACCACCAUAGCUCACCCUCCUGUCCUCCUGACAAAUCAGACACAGAGAACAAGAACUUUCGUACCAGGACAAAUACGAAAGUUAAGUUGCUGGUCAGGAGCCAUGCUAUGAGAGAGUCGACGUCUCCCCCGAGGGAGCCACACAACGGUUCGUCGUCUCCGCACAGUCCACAGUCGGUGGACGGUGAAAAAAAGUUCGUGGGCAGCCUGUCACCGAAUUCCACUAACGCCAAGCUCAAUAACAACGAGUCAAUGUUCAACAGUAAUCUUUGCCCGAAUCAAUCCCCGAAGCAAAUGCGUAACACAGCCACAUCGCCCACUUGUCGAGCACCGUCACGAAAUGGUCAAUCUAGUCCCUCGCAAGUUCAUUCACCAAAGAACAAUACCUCUCCAACAAACGGCAAUAAAUCGGAGAACCAGCGCUCCAAGAUGACAGGCUCGCAUGUGAUUCAGAAAUGCAAUAACUGCGUGAAGAACAAUCAGAAUGACCGGCCCGGCCUGCUUCAGACGCCUGUGUCACCAUCGAAGACCGGCCAAGGAUUGCAACACUCGCCGAAGAGCACCAACCUGGCUCAAAACGUGCAGAACAAUCAGCAAAAAUUGGAACAACGUAGACCGAACACGUUGAACAUCUGUAACAAUCAAUGUUCGACGCAGUGCGGCAACACCUUGUCCGUGAGCAGGCCUGGUUCGCGGCACAAGCUCAGGCAUCAGAAUUCUUCCCAGGGUAGCUUCGACAGCGCGUCGCCUUGCCUCUCGCGAGAUAGUAGUACGGAAUUAUACACAGACAGUACUGGAAUAGACCUAGAGCAUUUCAUCGCGGAAACGAUAAAUCGUAAUCAGAAGGAUCGCACGGUGCUAUUAAGAAUCGAGAAAGAUCUGAUAGAGUUCGCGAAGGACAAACAGAAAGUCUGUCACAAGUUUCCAAACAUGUCCUCUUACAACAGAAUGCUGGUGCAUCGCGUGGCAGCUUACUUCGGCAUGGAACAUAACGUCGAUCAGUCCGGUUCCAGCGUGAUAGUUACCAGAACGAAAAACAUGCGAAUUCCAAACACUCGUUUCAAAGAACACAUCAGAGAUGAUCUGAUUCUAUCGGAGGAACCACGGAGGAGUAUCCUGAAGAGAGAUUCCAGUUCGUUCGAGGACAAUUUCAAUUUUAAGUCGCCUGAUAGAUUGUCCGGCGAUUAUUGUCGACAGAAUAAGAGUUUCGAAGAAAGGGAGGAGGAGUACGAACGUGCCAGACGAAGAAUAUUUAAGGACAGCAGCGGAGACAGUAGCGAAGUUACUUCCUGGCCUUACUGGUCCUCCUCGGAAAGCUCUGACGCAUCUGCGAGAUAUCGUUUGUUACAUCCUUCGGAUCAUACAAUGAGAGGAAGAUUAUGCUGCGUGUGUAAUAGGCAAUCGAAGCUGUUGAAAGGGGAAUCUUUCGACGGAAGAGAAUCCUGUCGUGGUUCCAUGUUGAGACCAUCCGUUUCCAAAUCCUUUAGCUUUGGUGGUUACACCAGGGGAAUGCUUUCUAGAGGGGACAGUGUUACGUCUACUCAUAGUGCAGGGGCUCGUCUUAUGAAGCAAGACUCAGGUGCUAGUAUGUGUUCACGGUUAAGUCCUUCGAGCAGCGGCUAUAAAUCACAGAGUCAACGUAGCGAUGCCACGAUAUCGCCGUCUCCUUCGCCAUCCCCUGUGGCGACCAUGACCUGCAGUCACACCCAAGUAUCUAGUCAGGAUCUCGCUUCCCCGGAGUCGAAUAAUCAAACGGUGAUGUGGGCGGUUACCAGUAUAUCCAGCGUACCGCCAGGCAGUAUAAUUAUAAAUCCGCAAACGAAUCAGCCGUACACCAAUCCGGAUGGUUCGAUUUAUCGUUUCGACCCGGAGAAUCCACCUAAAUUUUAUACUGCUGCAUUGCCGCACGAGAACGAAAGGAAUAACAGUAUGUCGCCCACCAAGACUAUAGAAGUAUCCGAGCCAUCCAAAGUGACGCAGAAUAACGCAAAGAAUGAUAAUAAAAAGAAAUCGCAGCCCAACAAGCACAACGGUGGUAAUACAACGACGGUGACUCAUGUAACAAACUCCGCGACAUCACCGAGUUUGCCAUUCACGCCACCACCUCAACAACAGAAUCCAGGACCAGUGCAACAACAACAACAACAACAACAGCAGCAGCAGCAGCAACAACAACAACAGCAGCAGCAACAGCAGCAGCAGCAGCAGCAGCAACAACCACUACCACAACAACAGCCACAACAACAGCAACCGCAGCAGCAACAAAUUCUAGUCAAAUCGUCAUCGACGGUGCAAACUUGUAAUCAUAAUCAAGCAGCUCAACCAUACACGACCUACGUACCUACCUCAGAGCCGUAUAACCAGGGUGUCUAUCCACCCUCCGUGGGGCAACAGACUGUGAUGAUGGCUCCUCAUCCGAGCCAAAAUCAGGCGAAUAUUCAAAACAAUGGUCAGAGUGAUGUAUUUAAUCAGAAUUCGGUUUACGCGAAUUAUGCAGUACCUGUGCAACAAGGACCAGUGUCGCAGACAACGGAGAUAACCGAAUUGUCGGGAUAUUUCAUGGGCAUGAGUAUCUACGACCAACGCGUGACCGGUGAUAAUCAUUCUACGCCACCGCACUCUUACCCGCAGCCGCAACCAUCUACAAAUCAGGCAGUGCAGAAUGUACAGACGAUGCCGCAAAAUUACUGGCAACCACCGCCUAAUUCUGUACCGCCGCAACAAACGAUGUAUUUCGUACCACCGCCUGGUGCAGCGCUUUCAGUCAGUCAAAGUCCAGGUGAUAGACAACCGUUGCAUCAGCAACAGAGAUUUACAACAAAUUACUCUUUCAAUGCACAAACUAUGACUCCUCCGAGCCAAUCAAAUUCUAAUUACGUGGGUAGUUAUCCAGUCCCUUACAAUUCGAUGCCUGUAACACCGACACCAAGCGAUUACACGUAUCAACCACCAGUUCAUAUGGUACCUACGUACUAUCCACCAAGUCAAACGGCGAUUCAACCACCACCUGUCAUGUACAGAGUGCCAACACCACCAAAUACUCCAACUUCUAAUCAGAUGCCUGGAAUGCCGUUGAUGUAUGUCAACUCUGGUAGUUAUCCGCCACCGACGAUGGUAUCCAACGGAACAUUUGGCCAUCAAGUUGGACACAAUGGAACUUCUCCUGCACCUCCUGGAACUUACAUGACUCCUGCGCUGGUUCCCAACCUCGUUUUUAGACAAAAUGUUCCUGUUGUUGCUGGCGUUCGAGCUUCAACGCCAGGUAACUCUCAGAGGACUAGCAAGUCACCGACUCCAGCACAUGAACUGUUUGGAAGUGGGAGCGGGGACAGAAGCGCACAACCCCAACCACGCUACCCACUGCCAAUGUAUCAGGGUGUCCAUAUUGUUCAAGGAGAUAUGAGAUUGAUGCAUCCCACAGUACCAGCCAAUCCGCGGUUACAGUAUGCACCAGUACCAUCACCACCUGUUGUUCAAGGUUGUCCACGACCGUACCGACCGCCUUCUUAUUCAUCGAACAACUCAGGUACUGGUACACCAACCUCGUUUGAUGGACGAAAUCAGAAAAUUCGUAAACAGAGGUCCAAAGUAGCACCGUUGCCACCAACAGGCGCACGGCCCAAUCUCUAUCAGACUCCUUCCAUGUCAUCGCUCUCAUCUAACGUUCCGAAAGAUAUCAGAGAAGGGACCGUGAAGGUGACAAUCACCCGGCGGAACCAACUGGUACAAUAUUAAGUACCUGGGCCAAUUCUGGAAGAAAAGGAUCAGCGCUGAACAUGAAGAGAAAGGCAAUUAAAUCGUUGCAGGCUGAUUGAAAAGAAUCUGGAUAAGCAACUCGUGGUUUAUUGCUAUACAUACAUACACGAUUCUUAUUAAUAAUAUUAACGAUAUCUUUAAUUAAAUAUCUAAGAGAAGAGAGAUAUAAAAAAAAGCACAUAUUAAACUAAAGUAUAAAAUUCACAAAAAUCGAAGAAGAAACAAACGAGAACGAAAACCAUCUCUAAGAUUAAAUAAAAAAGAAAAAAACAAAAAAAAAACGAAA